GCCAUCGCAAAGCGCGCUGCUACCACGCAUCCGCCAUCGCAUGUCUCUGUCUCCGUGUCUCUAGCCUGCGCACGCCGACAAUGAGUCUCUUGUGAACUUUGCCACUGCACGGCUGCGUCGCCAUGGAGGACCGCGAAUCGAGCGUAGGGUCGUCGGUCGACUUCUACAGCUCCGAUGCACUCCCUCCCAAUACCAAGGGUGCGCAGCGCGACGCGCCUCUCGCAAAGCGCAAGGCAGAGGAUGCGCCGCCUGAGCGUGAAAAGAAGCGCAAGCUCAGCAGCGCGAAGCCGCUCGCAAAGCUACCACCCGAGUUGUGGCAGCAUGUUUUCUCUUUUUGUUCGCUUGCAGAUCUCGGUCGAUUGAUCCAGGUCAAUCGAUCUUUCCUAUCCUAUCUCACAGAUGUGCGCAGCCUGUCGACUUCAAAGUCGCAUCCUGGCCGUCUGCGUCUCCUAAAGUCUGAGUCGUUGUGGGCCUCUGCCCGCAACGCAAUGUGUACCAAGCCCCCGAAGCCACUCCCAGGCUUCACCGAGCUGCGCAUGUGGCAGCUCGCCUGGUCCAGGAGAUGUCAGUUUUGUGACAAGGUUGGUUCUCUUUCUCCAGGCGAGCGCGUAUGGCAGAAGGGACCCGGUAAAGAAGGCGUCAGGGUCAUCUGGCCCUUCGCCAUCAGAGCCUGCGGGCCGUGCCUGCUUGAACAGUGCCAGACGGACGCAAGCCUUCUCUUCUCGGCUGCCUCCCCCCUGCGACCCGCCCUCCCGUUCGCCCUCGUCACAAGUGAGCAGCACUACAUUCCUGCAUACACUCUGCAAUCUACGAGUACACCGGCCGACGUCGACAUUGCCAAGUUCUACUACAAAAAGCAUGUCGAGGAACUCACGCAGGAGAUGAACGGGGCCAUUAGCCGCGGCCCUGCUGCGGCUGAGGAGUGGUACAAAGGUCUUGAUGUUCGCGGCAGAGAACGCAUGAGAGCGGCCGAAAACUGGGAACGCUGGGAGGUCAAGAACCUGUGGAUGGAAGAACAGCAGGGUGCGAAGCGCGCUCCAUCUGCAGCUCCUUCGCAUGCCGCCACGUCACACAGGGACCCAUCCAAAUCACCUCCACGACGAACCCCCUCUCCUAUAAUUCAUGCUCCGGUUCCAGCGACACCAUCGUCGCAGCAUGCGCAAGCGCGACCGCCCACUGUUCCACCACAGGCUUUCACUCCUUCUGGCCAGAGAAACCUACACGAUGCAAACGAGGCCAAGGCGACCCGGAAGACCGACAUAGAACGCCGGUGUCAGCAAAUGGACCCUCCUAUCGCUCCCAACGUCUUGCGCCACAUGGACUCGUUCAAAGCUGCUAUCCAGAUUUCACAGCCAAUGAACGACUAUGCAUGGAGUGUUCUUCAACCCCGCUUGAUCGCUCAGCUCCCUGCUGCCCAACAAGCAGAAGCCGACCACGUGGCUCGGGCUGCUUCGUUUCCCACAAAAGCUGCCGACCGCCGCCACACGGACGCCAAUUCCAAGGAGGCCAGAGAAGUCAUGGACCGAGAGUGGGAAGAGUCGCAACGACCCAUCCGCGACAGACUCGAUGCCAUUGCCGAAGACUUCAUCAAUCAGAGCUGGGACCAUGGCAGCGCCGUUACUCACGACAACAGCCCAAAGUUUGCGGCCGACCUCCUUGUUCACGUGCGCCGCACAUACUAUGCCGAGGACCCCGAACAGGACUCUGAUCAUCCCGGACAACAUGCGCAGCCUUCUACUGACAAUAUGACUACUAGGCCCAGGCUCGUCCUGGAUAACAUGAAAUGGGUGUACGACAACAAAAUCAAGCCUCUAACAGAACCAUUCCGGAAGGACAUCUUCCUGUGCCAUGGCAACGGAUGCGAAUACAACAAUAAGUUCUACGGUUUCGAAGGUGUUACGCAGCACUAUGGAGCCAAACAUACUGCCGCCUUCAGUUCAGGAAAUGUGGUUGUGGCAUGGAGAGAAGCCGAGUGGCCAGAGGAGACCCCAUUCCACCCAGAUCCUCUCUCCGUAAAACAGCCUCAACAUACUCAUCAUCCCUCUUCUAGCACGAAUGGGUUUGGCGGUUAUUUUGGCGGGUACUCACGCGCAGGGACAUCAACACCGCACAUGCCGACUCACCAUCCACAGGCGAGCCCUGGGCCUUACAACUAUGGAGGCCAGUACAAUGGACCAUUCGCUCCACCACAGGUUCCUUCGGGAUUCGAGUACCCCCAGCCAUAUGCGACACCCGUGGACAUGUACGCGCAUCAAGCAAUGGGUCCCCCGGGCUAUGGUGCUCAUGCGGCUCAAAACCCAUACUUGACCUCUCCAGCAAUGAUCAACAAUGCCAUAGCUCCUCCACCACCACCCAAUAUGCCACCACCUAGCCAGGGAGUUCCUGAGAUCGCUCCCAGCGGUACAGAAGAUACUGGCCAGAGUACUAGCUCCUUUGACAAGCAAGUAAGUACGGUCAUCGAUAUGACCCAGGACAUCUGGAAACGCACCUCGGGGAUCAAAGACAUGCCAAACAGCCUGCGGGUCUAUGUGUUGCUACAUCGCGUCAUCUCCAAGUUUCAUGUAGAGUUCAAUCACGAACCGAACCUGAACCACUUCAUUGAUGCCCUGUCUAAUCAUGAGAUGCCAAAGGCCUUGAAGAAUGCACCAGGUCUCUCAUGCAAAGCUUGUCAGACGGGCGUUUCGCAUAACCUGGGAGGUUCCUUCUACUCCAAGUCUGAAGAAAGAACUACCUAUACUGUCCUCGGUCUGUUGUCGCACUUCAGGGGUCAGCAUAUGCCUUAUCAGCAACCCAUACCCGGCCACGGAAUGUCUGUUGCCCCUUUGGACUGGAAGGAAGACAUGAUUGAGCUCCCGAGCGAACGUUUCAUUUCUGGACUCAUACACGCUCCAGGUAUGGACGAUGAGAAGCUGCUAAUGAUAGCAACUGUGUUUCCCAGCCUAUUCCCUAUGCCGCUGCCUAAGAUCGGCGUAAUUGAUAGCCAUGGAUUAGCUUCCCCAGCCUCGUCAGGACCGAAGGAAUCAGACAAAACGAAUGGUGCAGUCGAUGUUGCGGGUGAGGCAAUAGCACGACCCAACUCUGUUUUGAAAGCAACAGAAGCAAAUUCGACGCUACCACCCAAGCCGCUGGAGGCUGGUUAUGAAUCUAUUCGGCCAAGCCUCGCAGGCGAAUCGAACGAGGCAUCUGGCUCCAUGAACCGGAAACGUUCGUAUCGAGAAAGCUCGCCCACAGACCGCAGGCAGCACCACUAUGCUGAAUCCCGAUACUAUAUUCCUAGGGAUCACCUUGAUGAUGGCUAUCAUCGCCCGCGAGAGUAUGUGGAGUAUGCCCCUAGCCCAAGGAUCAUCCAUGCUGGUCCUGCAUAUGAGGAUUACACCGGCCGCCGAACGGCGUUCCGCGAGCAAGAGCGCUUCUAUGGACCACCCGAAGAUGUGGUCUAUGCACAUCCGCGGGAAGGAAGCCACGGCAGUCGGGAAUACAGCGCCUAUCCCCGCCAGCCUCGAUACUAUGAAGAGGAUGACCAUCGGCCCGAAUAUCGGUUCAUGAACGAGCGUCAGUCGAGAGAUGCCAGUCCACCUCAGGGGCAGUCUGCAGCAGAUCGAUUCCUCGCAGAAAACGAACCUCCACAGCCACAAACACAGCCAGAAGUAGACGCUGUCGCAUCAGCGCAGGAGAACGGGGACGGCGCUCGUUACACGCCUCCGCCUCCGGAGGCUCCUGUACCAACAGACGCAACCGCACCCGUGCGCCCACUCGCGCCUCCACAUCCUAGAGCUCCUUCCACUGUUUCCAACAACUCCCGGUAUGAUGACUAUCAAUCCAACGGGUACCGGAUGCCUAUGUCCGGACCAGGCGGUCCGCCACGAAGGGCUGGGCCUCAACGCCGAAGAGAUCGGCCUUAUGAUAACCGAGGGCCGUCUCGAUAUCAUCGAUACAUGAGUGUUGCGCGGGAAGAUCCCUACGGACGUGGUUCUAGCAUGAGCCGAUCACAAAGUCGGAGAUACGAAGAACAAAAGCGUCGCAUCGAUCAACAAGAAACACCACAACCUAAUGCUGAGCCUGAUUACGAGCCUGCGUAUUCUCGAGAGCAUAGCAUUGAUCAAUCUGUGCAAGAUGAUGGUUUCUAUCCGCCUGCCCGCCGUCAUCCGCGUGGAUACGUCUCUGUGCAAGACCGUCUGCAUCCACAUGCGCACGCGUACUCACCACCGCGAUAUCGUUACGAUGAAUCUCCUCGCGGUCCACAGCCGGUUUACGUUGACGAGUACGGGCAUCCCGUGCAUGACUACGAGGUCAUUCGUGUACGUGGUGAUACCAGAUACCGGGCCCCGUAUAUACCACAUCAGCCUCACCGAUAUGAGCAUGACGCAUAUGGAUACGUCCCGGUUCAAUACGAGAGACCGACACCACAGAGGUACAAUAGUCGUCCUGACGAUUAUAUGUACUACGAGGAAAGGGAGAGGCCCAUGCCCAGGCGAGCAGCAGCGGAGGCAGAGAAUGAGAUAUACGAGCCGCCGCAACCGGAGAUCAAGGUGGAGAGCGUGCCUGUGCCCAUGCCGCCAGAGGCCUCAUGAUUUCAUCUUUUAGCGUGACGUUCGAAUUUGUAACGAAUUUCCCACCUUGUUUAUACCUUCACUAUUCUACCAUUGGUUCCUGUUUGGGUGGAUAUUGUGGAUUCCAGUGUACUAGUCCUACCCUUCUCGAUUGAAUGGUUUGUACCAUCACGUCACGACAUUAUUGUGUAAUCUCUUGCCCGACUAUAAU